AUGGUCAGCUCAAAGGCAGUCUUUUGCUUGCCACUGGCACUAUACUCUUUCUUUGGCUCCGCCGCGGCAUCUAGUGAUGGCUCGAUUGGCAAGCCAGAUGCUCGUCUCGAAGAACGUCAGCGUUGCCGGACUCCAGGGUGGAUUCCUGCGUGCCCCGGUCCCUUUCAGUGCGUUCCACCGGGAGCCAUCUGCUGCUCCGACGGCGUGACGUACGUGAUGCCUCCCCGUAAUUGUCCCGACGGCCAAACCCCCCUGGCUACCGCCACCAUCAACGACCCAGCCCCUACCAUCACCACGCUCAUCACCACGGUCCCGGCCUCUACGAUUAACGUCAUUGACUAUACGUGGUACACCUUCACAUACUAUUACUACUACUAUUAUUACUCCUAUCACGUCGAUGCAACUACAACGAUCCUUUAUUCUACUCUCGUCACAACGUCUACCGACAUCUCUUUGACUGCAACGAACGCUGCCGCAGCCACAUCCUUGUACAAUGAAUAUACUAGGACCGUGAUCGUGCCAACUCCUUCUCGGACGGUUACAACUGUUACUAGUGCAACUGAGACCAUCUCCGUUGAGCCUGAACCGACCCCUACCGCGAGCCUCACUGUCUCGGUGACUGGCAAUGGCACUAUCAGCCUGGUUCUUCCCACAAGCUCUAGCAGCACACCAGUUCAAGCGGGUGCCGGAAAGAAUGGCAUUGUUGGAGGUUUCUUGGGUCUGGCCCUUGGGUUCGCCGCGAUACUUUAG